AUGACAGGUACAAUCGGGCAGAACGGUUCGUUGCAUACGGUACCACGUUUCAGUAAGAUUGAUUACACUCUUCUGAUAAUCGGAUUGAUUGCGUCAGUUGUAUUGUCUGUUCUCCUGUCUUUCAUUUGUUGUCUUCUGUGUAACGGUUGUUGGCUACAUCGUAGACGUAAUCCGCAGUUGUAUGAGAGUGUCCAUGAGAGCGGCUGGUAUCCAUUAUGUUGCGGAUUUGGAAUACCCAUGGGAACGGUAGUGUUCUCUACUCAUCCGCCACAAUAUAGAGAUGACAGUGAAAUGUACAACAGUUCAUCCAUGUCCAGCCUACCAUCAUCGAAACAACGGUAUGUUUGUUACCGGAAAGAUAGCUCUUCUUCUCGCUUUCUUAAAACCACAUCGGAAUAUCCUUUGCAACACUGGAUCAGUUCACGCAGCUGA